GGAGUGAAGAGUGGAUGUAGGCAUGCAAGUGGGAGUCAGGAGGAGUGACAGGGAAGGUAGAGAGGGGAGCCAGGUGCAUGCUGCUGAACGAUUACUGACUUACACACUCACCACAAACACACUUCACAACAAAAUAUAGUGAAACACCGGAGUGUGUCAGUGUGUUUUUGUGCCUGGGUGUGUGUGCGCUCAGCAACAGAGCGGGAUCUCUGAGGAUACACGGAUGAGAAAGAAGAGUAGGGGAUCCAAGGAAGAGGAGCCUGAGUGUGCAUUGCCCUGGGGGGAGCUCACACACAGCAGACAGCGCACACACUCCAGCGGGCACUCGGCACUGUUUCCCUGACAACUAGAAUGGGCUGUAAUUUGUGCACCUUGCAGAAACGGGAGGAACAUUACAAACUGCUCUACGAGAUUGCACAGGUUAAUGGACGGGAUUUCUCCAAGGCAGAGCACAAUGAGGCAGUGGUUGAAACCAUUAGGCGAGACCCCAUCGUCGUCCAGGUCCUCCGACACACCCCCACCAGAGCCGCGGCAGCUGUCGUGCACAAGAACCGUAGCUCACCUCAGGAUGUGUGUGUGGUCAACGUUUGCACGCAGACCGAUAUCACCUUUGAGCACAUCAUGGCACUGGCCAAGCUUCGGCCCACAACCCCGCCAGUGCCGGACGUGUGUCCUUUCUUGCUGUCUGACAGCUGCCAGUCUAUUCACACCAUGGAGCAUGAGUUCUACGAAUGUCCAGAGUAUUUGUCCAACACCCCAGCAGAAGUGGAGCGGACAGAGGAGUACGAGUAUGAGGAAGUGGAACUCUGUCGAUUAAACAGCCAAGAAAAACUCGGUCUGACGCUGUGCUACCGAACUGAUGAAGAAGAGGACACCGGCAUCUACAUCAGUCAGGUAGAGCCAAACAGUAUAGCAGCGAGAGACGGACGCAUCAAGGAAGGAGACCGGAUCCUGCAGAUAAAUGGCUGUGAAGUGCAAGACCGAGAGAAAGCAGUUGCCUUGCUGUCAAGUGAAGAAGCAAGAAGCGUCACACUGCUGGUGACAAGGCCAGAAAUCCAGCUAGAGGAGGAGGAGGAGGAGGAGGCUGGAUGGCUGGUUGAUGAGCAGCAGGAGCUUGCUGGGGAGCUGAAGAUGGAUAUACUAGAAGAAAGGAGGAAGCAGAGAGAGUACAGCUUUCAGAGGCCAGAUGAGGGUGAUGACGAUAUGAAUCCAGACACAGCAACGUGCUCCUCCAACAACCAGGACAGUGGGUUUGGGCGAAGCACAGACAGUCCAGAGUUCCAGCCCUUGUUGGCCAGAGUUCACAGGAGGAGCCCGGCCCAAUGCCUGAGGGAUCGAUGGCGAUCAGAACAUCCGCAUACAAGGCAAGGGAUUGUUGGGUCACAAGAGAAUGAAGGGGCAAGAACACAUUCUUCAACGCAGGGCAGUGAAGGUGUUGUGAGUAUUCGCAAUGCCAGAUGUGGAGUCAUAGGUCUGGAGAACUGCUUUCAGCAGCUCCUGGAGCUUAAGUGCCAAAUUCGCAAUGGGGGUGAAUGUGGGGUGUACUCCAUACGACACAGCAUCGAAUGUAGCCUCACUGAACAAGGUGGAGGCGACAGAGAUGAUGACGAUGAUGAGGGUGCAGGGGGAGGGGUGGAGCACGAGCUGAGGCUGCUGAAUGAAGAGCUGCGUAACAUUGAGUUGGAAUGUCAGAGCAUCAUGCAAGCCCAUCAGCUCCAUCAGUCCCACCAACAGGAGUACUCAGAGCCUAUGCCCAGCUCACCAGGACUGAGCCUUAAAGAUGGACACAGGCGGCUUGGAGGACUGGCCGACAUCCGUGAGCACCCGGAGAGGUCAGACAGUGAUAAGAUCCGUGAGAAGGACAGCUCCAGUGCCUACAACACAGCAGAGAGUGCUAGGUCUACCCCAAUAGGCAUGGAGAGAUCUCCUGAGCACUCCCUGCAGAGACACAUCAGCAUCACUAACCAAAAAAACCUCAGACUGACCCCCUCUGCCCCCUCUAAUCCCAUCCCUAUCCCUGAGCCUCAAAGCACACCUAGAAGCUGCAGACUAGCAGAUCCUGGUCCAGUUAUCUCGAGCAGCCCAGAUCAGAGCAAUCCUUCCAGAUCUGAGUCAGAUCCAGCUUUGCCAGCAGAUGAUGAAAGGUGUGAAAAGAAGAGGAGGAGCAGAGAAUCUAGGAGAGGGUUCCCCUACGGUUCUCCAUCCACCUUACAUGGCCAAGGAGGAUCCAAACAGCUUCAGAGCUAUAUGCAGCUCCUGCAACAGCACUCGUCACUGGAGUACUCUCAGAGCCAGCUGAGUCUCCUCAGUGUUUGUCGAGAUUCAGCGCACCGAAACGGACGUGCCGGAGAACCUCGUCUGGAGUGGAAGGUCAAAGUUCGCGCUGAUGGGACACGGUACGUUGCACGGAGGCCUGCUCGUGACCGCAUACUGAGGGAGCGAGCGCUAAGGAUCAGGGAGGAGCGGAGCGGAGGCAUGACUACGGAUGACGAUGCCAUGAGUGAGAUGAAGAUGGGUCGCUACUGGAGCAAAGAGGAGAGGAAGCAGCAUUUAGCAAGAGCCAAGGAGCAGAGAAGGAGGAGAGAGUUCAUGCAGAAAAGUCGCCUUGAAUGUCUAAAAGAGGGACCAGCGAGCGGAGCUGAGGGCAGGAAGGAGAUCAAUAUCUUAGAGCUCAGUCACAAAAAGAUGAUGAAGAAACGAAACAAAAAGAUUCUGGACAACUGGAUGACCAUCCAAGAACUGAUGAGCCAUGGAGCCAGAGUCCCAGAAGGGUCAAAAGUACACAAUGCCUUCCUUUCUGUCACCACUGUGUAAACGACAUGUUUAAAACCUGAAACGGACACAGAAAUGUAAAUGGUAGCAUUCCCAAAGCAGCUUUGUAUUGACCAUUGGACCAUCUGUACCACACCUGAGCCAUCAAAACACAACGCAGUACCUUCAAGUUUUGGUGAUGAAGUGGGAAAUGGUAGCGUGUUGGUUCAACCAGGCUCAAAUAAAAAUAAAAGAACCAACACAACAACGUUUUGUAUACUUCCUGUUUUCUCCAUCUUUGUCAUUCACGUUUCACUUGCCUUGUUUGAAUUGGCAUUUUUUUUAUGCAGAAAUAACUUUAUUUUUUACACUUUGUAUCUGAACCUUUUCAAAGGACGUUUUUACAUUGAAUGUCAACGGACUGUAAAGGAUUUCAUAUAAUGUCUUAUUUAUAUUUGUAUCACCAAGCUAUUACUGUUGAGGUGAGACUAUCUGAUUGUACUAUAGCUCAUGCUGUACACCCGAGCAACGGGGAGACAUCUGCUGGAGGCCAGCUCAAUACAAAAACACGUCUUUUAUUGUGUUACCGUGCGCUGAGACGUCUGGUAAAUGUAUAACACUUGCUUCAAAAAGGUUUUUUUAGAGAUGUUUUACCUCAGUUUGCAGCCAAAACUCUGACUUGAAUUACAUGUUUUGUACAAUAGCAUUAUCGACUAAAUUUACAUCUUUUUCUAAGCUUCAAUCUGUGAAUUAUGUUAAAAAUUGUAAUCAAACUUUUAUUUAUAUUGUUUAUUGGUAAUUGAAUUUAUUGUAAAUUAUGUUACCUUUUUUUAUUUACACUACAUCUAAUCUGACCUGGGAAAGGCAACAGAUUUCCUCAGACUAUGUAUCAUAUGUGCAGCCUUUCUCAGUAAAACUGCUGCCUUUUACUGUAAAGUUUACUGAAGAGGCCUCGAGUUUGGUACUUGUUGAUGGUAAUGUUUGUAAUAAAAGAUUAUUAAAGAAAGAAAAUGUCACCCUUUUU